AGCUGAAGUUGAAGUUCCCAGAAGCUAUGAAAACAUUCAUGACGGCGUAAGACCUUUCAAUUAUCUCAGCGCGGCAAGAUGUUGAACUUUUAAGUAGCAACGAAUUCAUGCAGAGGUUUGGCGCCUUGUAACCGAAAUGAAGAAAUUAGUUUACAUCAGGACAGGGAGAAGAAUAUGGCGAGUGACGAUGAGUUUAAACCAACAGUCUGAAAGUAACGCAUGCUAUAUACAAACAUUGCUGCAUUCUCGGCUGCCAACACAUAUUAUCAACAAUUUUAAGAUUAAUAUUUUGAGGAAUGAAGAUGGUAGCGUAAACAACAAUAGGUAUACAAAGCUUCAAAAGAGUUCCUCUCGAACACUAGAGUUCCGUGUUGCAAGUGAGGAUUGGAAGUCCUUACUAGGGGAAAAAGUACUAGAGCAACAAGCUGCGAAGCUUCCGUUGUCCGAAACACAAAUUAAAUCAAAAGAUGAGCUUGAUGAUCUGGAUAGUGACGUCAAAAUGACCAACGAAACCUACGACGACACAUUCAAGCCAUUCUUGGAUCAGGAAUCUAAAUUUGUUACGAUAAUGACUUAUCAUAGCUCUUUCUCCAUCGAUAAUGGCCCAUGCAUUGCUUUACCGUCUCAAAUCAUAUCGGCUGGUGUUUUGAGAGAGAAUGAGAAAUCACAAGAAGAUACUCUAAUUCUCCACCUUCGAAACAGCUUGAUACUUAUACGAUUUGCUUUCGGAAAAAAUGACCAGUUUGUGCCAUUUGUCGUCUAUUCGAGUCAGUCUAUCAGUAACUUGGGAGGGUCUAAGAUCUGCGUUAACUCACAGAAGACCCUUUUAAUAUUAUCAUUCUUUGUUCGUGAUUUUUUUUUACACACCAUCAACUAUGAUUCAAAUGGAGUACCGAGUUUGCAUCAUGAUUUUAAUUACUCAUUUCAAUACUCAAUUCUUGAUCAAUGUAUAGUCCCAAUUACUGAAUCUGAUGAUGCAAUAAUUACAAUUUCAAUGCAAGGGGGUAUAUUGUGCUUGACAUCCAUUUGUAACCUUACGAUGCCAACGAACCAUGAGAUAAUGCUGAAAAAUACUUUCCCAACCCCGUUAUACGCUGUUGGACUAGCAGAAACUGGUGGGGUGCUGCUCUUGCAGGAAAACCAGUACACUAUAGUUUCGUUAAGCUUUUGUUUUACCGGAGAUGAGUCUGGAAAUUACCCAUUCAACUAUCCAGAAACAUCUGGAGGAAACUUCAAAGUAAACUCAUUCUAUAUACCAACUAGAAAGAUCAUCACGUCAUUUUCAUCAGAUGGGUUUUCUGAAGAAAACUACAAGCAUGACCAAGUCCUCAUUUCUACUACUCGUAAUAAAUCAGUUUACUUGCUAGACGUUUAUUACGAUAAAAAGCGUCACCAUUUUACCUCCACGAUACAUCGUUUGUUCAAGUACAAGCAUGUCAUAUCUCUUUUUGUUUUUGAGCCAGUUGAUGAUUCAACUUUUCGUUUUACUUUUGCUAAUGAAAUGGGCAUAACUGAGUCAAAGCUGGUGUCUAUUGUGACCGAAAAUGAAACGCCCCUCUUGAAAAAGGUAGAAGACAUAUGGUCUCAAGUCAAUCCUUACCCUAUGUUUGAUUAUGAGCUUAUUGCUUCAUCAGGAGUGAGAAACACGAUAGAAAAUCCUUCGAAUGAUUUGUGGGCAAUCACAGGAUGCGGACUUAACCACUCUUUAAUGAAUUUCAAGUUCGGUUUGAUAGCUGAUAAAACUCAAUCAGCUCAGAAAUUGUAUGAUAUAGAUCAAAUUUAUUCGUUUCAGGUGAAUCACACAGACCUCAUCUAUGUAUGGGCUUCAGGGGAAAUGAGAUCAGGUCUUUUGCAAUUGGAUAACAGUUUUGACAACAAUGGUAAGUUUGUUUCCUUUAUUGGAGAAAACCUAGUAAACGAACCGUUUCUUUGCAUUGACCGGACAAAUCAAAUAGAACAGCUAAUAGUCACUCCAACAAAUAUUUUUCUUUUUGACACCACUCUCCACAAACUGAGCAUGCAUUUGAAGUUACCAAGCGAAUGUAUUCUUGCUUCAGCAUCCAAUAACAUCGUUGCCCUACUCCACAAAGACGAAAAAGAUGAUUCAAUCAAAUUUGUGUUGCUAAAGAUAAUUGGUAAUACUGAGUUUAGACCCUUAAAAAUGGAAAAUUUGGAAUUCGAUCCUAAGUUGGUGUCCAUGAUGCAGUUUGUUGAUAUUGGAAAUAAAUGUUAUUUGAUAAUUGGCGAUUUUAAUGGGUUUUGUUUUCUUUUUGAGGAAUCUGGAGUUGAUGGUUUUCAGUUCGUUUAUAAGGAGAAGAUCAGAAUGUCUUCUUACGAAAGUUCCCAGGAGCAAAUUUGGUCCCCUGAAUACAUAUUUGUACCUUACAAACUCCACCAGCUAGGUUCGGCAAAUAACUUUAUUCUCAGUUCGAGAAAUGGAGACUAUUCCAUUGUUAAGUUUCAUAUCUCUUCCGGUAACUAUGAAAUGCAAAACUUACAUUCAGUGAAAUUAGGAGAUACGGGUGAAGUAGAAAUACUACCUACAGACGACCCACAUGUUGCAUAUCUUUUGUGUGCAAGCUUAUGGAAAAUAGAUUGCAGAAACUCUCUGUUUCCUGAGAAAAUUGUGAUUGACGGGUUGAAAGAACAUGCAAUUGUGGCCUGCACUGUUUUGCCUACAUUAAAACCAGGUCAAAACGACAAGCUAUUGGUUUUGAGGGGGCAUACGUUAACAAUUUUAAGUAUUCCAUCAUCUUUCUCUGUUUUGACAAGAAGCAAGAGGCUAGAAACUCAAUGUAUGAAGAUGAACUAUUUUUCAAACCUUGACUUAUUUGUUCUUCUACCUGUGCCAGAUGUAGAAGACGAAAAAAAUGGAAAGUUGGUUUUUGUGGAGUCAAGAACUAUGAGAGUUUUAGAGACAGGAACAGAUUUUACGGAGAUCUUCAAAAAAGAUGAGAUACCACUUUGUCUUCACACUUGGAAAGUUCACGAAACUAGCGGCACGUAUACUAACUUAGUUGUUGGCUGCCAGACGGAUAAAGGCAAAGGGGUGGUGAAAGUUUUAAGGUUGAAUAAAGAUGAUACAAAAGCUUAUGCUAAACUUGUCUUCUCCUAUAAGGAAGAUGAACCAGUAUUCCACAUAGAUUCUUUAGGCCAAAAUCGGUGCUUACUUUACUCAACAGGUAAAAAGAUCAUAAGAUGGCUAUAUUCAGCAGAUGAUACUAGACUAGUUGAGAGGAAAAUCGUUAUUGAGUUACAAGAUCCAAUAAAGAAGUUUACUUUAAAGAGAGCUGAAAACAAAAACUGUGUAAUCAAAAGUUUCCUUUUGCUUGCAGUGACUACGAAUAACAAAUCAGCCUAUGCGGAGCUAGAUGAAAUUUUGUGUGAUCCGGUGAUAAAGGAAGAAAAAACUUUUACGGAGUUUUGCUCCGAUGGGCUCAUCAGUGGUGACGACACCCUAAUCACUAGUAAUUUCAACAAAGAAUCAAUUAUUAUUUCUUCAAUACACAAUGAACUGGCGAUAGAUCGGAGCACACACCACAUAGGAUAUAUCCCUAGGCUAACUUUUAUCAACUCUUUUCCACCGUGGGUAUCCAUCAAGGAUAGAUGUAAUUACGAAGAACAAAAUUUUUUGACAAUUGGACUCAACGGCCAGAUUGAUUUAAUUAGAUUUGCAAAUGAAAACAACUCGAUAUAUUUCGAUCUGAAAGAGAGCAGCGAUAAUCAGGAACAACCACAGCUUUUAUCUACCUAUACCGACCAAUCGUUGUCGCAAUUCUCUCUUGUAGACACAAGAACAUUCGAAAAUGCCUCUGAUAUAAAAGAUGAUGUAUUUAUGAGUAAUAUCCUAGUUUAAAGUGAAGAGUUUAUCUUUCCUUGAGAACAUGUUAGAAAAUAUAUAAAU